AUGGAACCAGAUCAAUCAUGGGGUAUUUAUAUAAUUCCGCUGUCACUAUUGGGAGUUAUCUGUAAUUGGCUGAUCGUUUUUGCAAUCUGUUACAACAAAUCUUCAAGACACUCGUUCUCCCUGCUCACCGCUACUCAAGCAGCUGCCAACGGACUCUUUUCAGUACUAUACCUGCUUUACGUCUGUCCGAUGAUAGUUUUUGACUUGCAAGUUUUGAGAGACAAUUCUCAUCAUGUGGGAUACGUAUUGCUCAUUUGCUAUGACGUGAAUAUUCACAUCCAUGUGCUUUCGACUGUCAAUCGGUUUUGUGCUGUAUUCCUGCCAAUUAUGUACAACAAUGUUUUCAAGUAUGCUAGAAGUUGUGAAGCGGAAUUCAAUUAUCGUCUUGUUUAA